CCCCACAGCCCCGCAGCAGCCACAGGGGGAACCAAAGAGACAGAAGCCUUCCCAGCUGCCCGGACCACAGACGCCAACACCCCCCCGCCCCCCACCACACGCCGCCCGCCACCACACGCCGCCCGCCCGCGCCCCGCGCCGUAGCCCACGACCGAGCAGCGGCAGCAGCAGCAGUCUGCACAGGCUGCGGCGACUCGCACCGGCGCGCUCCUGGCAGCGCUCACUUGCUAUCCCAAGUGACUUGGACUCGCCAAAUCGACUGGCCCCAGGUCCCGGCCCCAGCUUCUACUCGCGCGCUCGGCACAGAUUCCAGCGCCCACCCGCCCUCCUGUCCUUUCCCGCCUCUCCGACCCCCAGCUCGCGGGAAGGGAGGUCGCGGCAGCGGCCUGGCGGCACCGGCGACCCUGGCGACAGCGGCGACGGUGGCGGCGGCGGUGGCGGCAGCGGCUGCAGCGGCAGCGGAGGCUGCGGCGGCGACCGUGGCAGAGGCUGUGGCGGAGGCCUCCGUAGCGGAGGCGGAAGCUGAGGUGGAGACUGCGGUGGAGGCCGAGGCCUCAGUAGAGGAGGCAGUGGCGGAGGCCACCCGCGGGGAGGCGACGGCCUCCCUGGCAGAGGGGGAGGAGGCGGAGGCCGCCCUGGCGGCAGCGGUUUUGGAGGCCAGUGCGGCUGAAGCCGGAGCUGCCGCUGCCACCGCCGCCGCCGCUGCCGCCGCCGCCGCCGCCGCAGCCGCGGCAGCCGCAGCAGCCGCAGUGGAGGCUGCGGCGCCCUCCUUGGGGGAGGCGGAUACGGAUGCGGAGGUGGCGGCGGCGGUGGCGGCGGCGGCGGCGGCGGCGGCUGCAGCUGCGCAUGCAGCUGCGGAUGCGGAGACCAACCGGGACUCCGAGGGGAACCCAGACUUUCCUAUGGCCUCGCUGUACGUGGGCGACCUGCACCCUGAAGUGACAGAGGCAAUGCUGUACGAGAAGUUCAGCCCGGCCGGGCCCAUCCUCUCCAUCCGCAUUUGCAGGGACAAGAUCACCCGCCGCUCUCUGGGCUACGCGUACGUCAACUACCAGCAACCGGUGGACGCAAAGCGGGCCCUGGAAACCCUGAACUUUGAUGUCAUCAAGGGCAGGCCGGUGCGCAUCAUGUGGUCCCAGCGGGACCCCUCGCUCCGCAAGAGUGGGGUGGGCAACGUCUUCAUCAAGAACCUGGGCAAGACCAUCGACAACAAGGCUCUGUACAACAUCUUCUCGGCGUUCGGCAACAUCCUGUCCUGCAAAGUGGCGUGCGACGAAAAGGGGCCCAAGGGCUACGGGUUUGUGCACUUCCAGAAGCAGGAGUCCGCAGAGCGCGCCAUUGAUGCGAUGAAUGGCAUGUUCCUGAACUACCGCAAAAUCUUCGUCGGGAGAUUCAAGUCGCAUAAAGAACGAGAGGCCGAAAGGGGAGCCUGGGCCAGGCAGUCCACCAGUGCUGACGUCAAGGAUUUCGAGGAAGACACUGAUGAGGAGGCCACCUUGCGAUGAAGACAUGCCAGGAAUGAGCCAGCCAGCAGAGCCAAACCUUGGCUCCCAUCCAUCCGGUUUACAACCCCCUUCUUUGCCCCCCCCCCAACCCACCAGCAGUGUAUUGUAUUGUACUGGGAGUGCAGGUCUCUCUGUCUCUGUCUCUGUCUCUGUCUCUCCCUCUCUGUCUGUCUCUGUCUCUGUGUUCCUCUCUCUCUCCCUCUUCUUCUCCCUACCUCCCCCUCCUCCCUUCCUCCCUCUCCCUCCUUCUCCCUCUCUCCUUCCCUCCUUUCCUACCCUCCUCCUCCCUCUCCCUCCCUUCUGCUCUCCCCACCUCUCUUCUCUGCCCCCCACCAAGGGCGUUGCUAAUAAUCUUGGUAAUCUGUGCCACUUGAUAGAUUAGAGGCUGCCUCAUCUCCUUGUGGGUUGGUUUAAAAACACUUUCAUUCUCUCUGUUCCCUACACAAGUAAUACAAUCUCUUGGUAGGAAUAUCAAAAAGGAGAAGCAUCCCUCAGAUGAGGGAAAACCAAGGGAGUAAUUGUUCCCCAUGAUCUGACUACCCAGAGACAACAACUUUUUGGUGUGCUGUUUUUCCAGGUUCUCCUCUGUCCCUUUCUCUCUCUCCCUUCCUGACUCCCACCCCACCUUUCCUUCUAACACACUGUUAUAGAAUGGUUCAUGUGUGUGGUGUUUCUUAACCCGCUUCUUCAGAAACAAACCAAACAAAAAUCAACCCAUUGAACUUCUUUCCAUGUUAUUCAACAGGCUUCCGAAAUGUCAUCUUCAGGGCCUGGGAGUGUAUGGAUGGAUCUUUAACAUUUCUGUCAUCAGUCCCGCAUUGUUGGACAUUCAGGUGGUGCCUAGCUCUUUUCUUGUGUUUAAACCCAACACUGCAUACUCUGAAGAAUGAAUCCUUCCUUGUCAACCCAAAUCUUUGCUAGCCUACCGGAUGGUCUUCUUAAUUGUGUACUUGCAGGAUCCACAAUAAAAUAUCCUUGCAGGAUAUUUUAAAGACUUUCCCUGUGUGUUGCCAAAUGGCCCCUUCAUGAGCAUUGUACUGAUUUGCAUCCAUGCCAGUCAGCACAGCUAUCUCCUGGUCACUGUAAUUGGUGUGUGUGUGUGUGUGUGUGUGUGUGUGUGUGUGUGUGUGUGUGUGUCUUGGCCAGUUUGAUAGGCUGCAAAUGGGAUUUCGCUGUUUGAGGUUGUUUUACUGGAUGUAAAUGAUCUUUAUCACCUCUUUUCCCUGUGCCCACUUCCUGCCCUUUUCCCCAUUGUCACCAAAAUCAUUCAAGUUCGUCGAAGGGAAAAGUUUAAAAAAGCAGACAAGUUAACAGAAGAGAUGUAAUAUCCCUACUAAUCAGUUCUAAUCGCCACCCAUAUCAUCCUGAAAUAUUUUCAUCCAUGUGUCUGUAAUAUUUUCCAAGAACUACCUGAAGCAUUUUUGGCUGUACCUUUAGUAUUUUUUUGCAUAUGUCAUAUAUGUAUAUAAGAAUGUAUAUACUGUUUUUAUAUCUGCUUUUUCACAGAAAAAUGUGUGUGUAUAUAUGUUUAUACACACAUACUUUUUAUUUCAUUUCAUGUCAUUAAAGUUAUUGUUAAAAAUA